AUGUUGGGGGAAGAGGUAAAUAAGAAGGCACUCUUGAGCACAUCCCUUGCCAGCCGUGCCGGAUCAACAUUCUCCUCUGAUUCUAUUACAGAGUGUGUGACUCGGUUUUAUGAAAACACCUUCUUUAAAGGAGGAGAUGUGGGUGCGGUACACACCCCAACUGCUGAGGACUGCCAGAGAGCAUGCACCUUCCAUCCCAGUUGUAUACCGUUUAGCUUUCUACCUGCAAAUGCCAUUAAUGAUGAGAACAAAAGAUUUGGUUGCUUCUUAAAAGACAGUGUUACUGGAACUCUUCCAAGAAUGACUAGGAAAAAUGCAAUUUCUGGGCAUUCCUUAAAACAAUGCGUUUAUCAACGAAGUGCUUGUAGCAAGGAGAACCAUGAAGGACUUGAUAUGAGAGGGGUGAAUUUCAAUGUAACCAAGGUGAACACUGUUGAAGAAUGUCAAAAACAAUGUACAAACCAUGCCCUCUGCCAAUUUUACACAUAUGCCACGCAGACGUUCCACAGAUUGGAGUAUCGAAACACAUGUCUGCUGAAGCACAGCCAGUCAGGAUUCCCUGAUACGAUCAAGAUGGUGGAAGGCUUGGUGUCAGGAUUCUCCCUGAAGCCCUGUGGACUUUCUGAUAUGGGUUGCCAAAUGAAUAUUUUUCAACAUAUGUCAUUUUCUGGCGAAGAUGUUGGCAGAGUGAUUGCUCCGGAUCCUUUUGUAUGCCGCACUAUUUGCUCCUAUUAUCCAAAUUGCUUAUUUUUUACAUUCUUUACAAACACAUGGCAUAUACAGCCACAAAGAAAUAUGUGUUUUCUUAAGACAUCAAAGAGUGGAAAACCAAGCUCUGAAAUACCACAGGUCAACACCACCUCAGGAUAUAGUCUUCUAAGCUGCAAAGAUUUGCCUGAAUGAUGCCAUUCCCAAAGGUAUGUUGGUGUGGACUUUGAAGGGGAUGAGUUGGAAGCUGUCUAUGUUAAAGGAAUUAAGGCUUGUCAAGAAAACUGUACAAACAAAAUCCGCUGUCAGUUUUUCACAUAUACAUCCCACCAAGGAGAAUGCAAGGAAGACAGGUGUAAAUGUUCCUUUAAAAUAUCUUCGAAUGGUUCUCCAACUAGAAUAGUCUAUGGGACAGAAGGUACCUCUGGUUGUACUUUAAGAAUGUGUAAAACGCCAAGCAUCUGUGUCUGCACAAAGACAGUAACUACAAGGAUUGUUGGAGGCACUAGAUCUUCCCCACGAGAGUGGCCAUGGCAAGCCUCCUUACAAGUCAAACUGAAGACACAGAGUCAUGUGUGUGGAGGCUCAGUCAUUGGGAAUCAGUGGGUCAUAACAGCUGCCCAUUGCUUUGAUGA